AUUAUAAACAAACAAGUAAACAAGAAAGAACAUACACACAAUAAUAACACUCACUUUAAAACACUCAACACAAGCUGAAUUUUUCAGACCCCUUUGUCUCCUCCUCUCUCUCUUCUGUCCCUUCUUUUCUUGUGGCUCCAAACUUCACAGAGAGAAAGAGAGUCAUUAACAAUGGGAGAAGGAAGAAGAGGAGCAUCAUCAAAGCUUAGAGAAGCAGCAAGGAAGGUUGCAAUGGCAGCAGCAUAUGCAUGUGGUUCAUUCUCAAGGAGGAAAUCUAUGGUGGAUCCAGUUCCCAUUGAUGCCUUAUCUGCUUCUAUCUCAAAUUCCUCAUUUGUGUCAACAUCAACAAAGAAUUGCUCAGGGGAGAUUACACAAGAAACAGAUUCCACCAUCACUGUUAACAUCAACAACAAUGACCUUCAUAGUAAGAAUCUAUGUGCAAUAUGUUUAGAUCCUCUGAGUUACCACAGCAAGGGUAGCAGUCCCGGCCAAGCUAUAUUCACUGCUCAGUGCUCUCACGCGUUCCAUUUCGCCUGCAUCUCUUCCAAUGUUCGCCACGGUAGUGUCACUUGCCCCAUUUGCCGUGCUCAUUGGACUCAGCUCCCUCGCAACCUAAACAACAACCUCUCUGGCUCUCUGGCAUCAAGUACUCAGAGUGAUCCUAUCCUUAGAAUCCUUGAUGAUUCUAUUGCUAACUUCCGUGUUCAUCGUCGUUCUCUACUUCGCACGGCACGGUAUGAUGACGACGAUCCUGUUGAGCUUGAUGACACACCGGAUAGCCCCAAGCUGUGUUUCAAUCUUGUACCUAUACCGCCGAAUGCUCCAGCUAGUUUCCAUCCUGCUUUACAAGUCACUAAGCAUGCUUCAUGCCCUUGCCACCUAUCACUGCAUCCUUUAACAUGUGGCUCCUCAUCAUUGCUACAAUCUCCACCUAUGAUGUGUCCCUCCUCCAACAGAGCUUGCCUUUCAGUUAAACUGACUCAUGAACGCGCAACCGACUUGGUCUUAGUUGCUAGCCCCAAUGGACCACACUUAAGGCUUCUCAAACAAGCAAUGGCUCUUGUGGUUUUUUCCCUCAGACACAUUGACCGCUUAGCCAUUGUUACAUACUCCUCAGCCGCAGCUCGUGUCUUCCCCCUAAGGCGCAUGACAUCCUAUGGAAAGCGCACAGCCCUCCAAGUUAUUGACCGGUUAUUCUACAUGGGCCAAGCCGAUCCGGUCGAAGGGUUGAAGAAAGGAAUCAAGAUACUCGAGGACCGGAUGCACAAGAACCCUGAGUCUUGCAUCCUUCACUUGUCUGAUAAUCCCACAAGACCAUACCAUGCAAUAAGCAUGGAACUUCCAUCCACUCCCAUUCAUAGAUUCCAUGUUGGAUUUGGCUUUGGCACUUCAAGUGGCUUUGUCAUACAAGAAUUCGAGGAGUUCCUGGCUAAGAUGUUGGGUGGCAUUGUCCGGGAGAUCCAACUUCGGAUAUGCGGGGCCGGGGAGGAAGUUGGAAGUGGAAGAGUCAUAAGAAUUGGAGAGAUAAGAGGUGGAGAAGAGAGGAGAAUACUAUUAGACCUUGGUGAUUGCACACAUGUGUAUGUGGAAUAUAGCUACAUUGAAGGUGAGAUUGAUGAGUGUGUUAGAAGAACUGGGGAAACAGUUGUAGGUGUUGGAGAGCAUAAGGGUGAAGAUGAUGUUAGAGAAGGUGGUGGCGGCAGUGGUGGUCGGAGUAGCAAUGUCGAAAGCUGGGAUUUUCAUGAUCCUUAUAUGGCAAGAAGAUGGGCCAAACACUUGCAUGGUUAUAGACUUUGAAAUAUUUGCUACUUUCUUUUUUGGUUUGUAAUACCAAUUUGCAUUCAUGUGA